GACUCCUUAGCCUGAAAGUCUCUUCGUUUCCCUUUAUAAUUCCCACUGUCAUGUUUAUUUCCCUUUGCUUUCCCAAAACCAAUCAAAUAAGACAUGCAUGUAAAAAUAAAAUAAAAAUAAAAGUCCAAAAAAAAUUGGUUUAACAAAAGAAAGCAAGAACUUAGAAAAGUAACAAUGGGUUUGAUCAGCUUUCUUCUGAUUUCAGCUAAAAUUUUGAUCUCUUGUUCUUUCUGGAUAUUUUGCAGACCAUCAGUGACAUUGCUGUGUCCUCUAUAUGCAUCAAUUCGGGCGAUAGAGAGUGAUAAAGAAUCCAGCUACGAAAAGUGUCUUCAAUAUUGGGUCCUAUUUGGAUUAACCACAGUAUUGGAAUUGACUCUUGCAAAGCCUUUGACAGGGUUUUCAUUUUGGCAUUAUGCAAAAGGAUUAGCAUCCCUCUUGCUCGUACUGCCUCAGUUUGGUGUUGCUUCUUAUGUGUAUAUGAACUUUGUUAAGCCAUGUCUUUCCCCAAAUCCACACAUAGAAUAUGUCACAGAAAAGAACAAGAGCAUGCCCAUGGAGCUAAGUUGUGCAGACUCUUCACUUUUAAUGUCGCACCCGCGUCGGGUUCUCCAAAAAUACACUACUUUUGGAGAAUCCGACACACAGCUGUUGACAUGUACAAAGAGUUCGAGCAACAUAGCCAUGAAGUGCAGUAAUUAUGUUGAUGCAGCACCCCGACAUGUUGAAAAAUAUAAAAAGGACAACCUGCAAAGUUUGGUCAUUUAUGAGGCUGAAUCUUCUCCUAAAUGUGAUCGGACAAUUUGUCCUAAGAAAGUUCAGAUGGACUGGAGCUGCCCGCUCUGUCUGGUGAGCGUCUCCAGCGAGAAAUGUCUAAAGCAACACAUCAAAGGUAGGAAGCACAAACUGAAGGAAGACGAACAAAGGGAACAUGAAAUGAUCAUGGCAAGUAAAGAAGCUAAACUUGCUUCAAAGUUGGAGGGAAAUUAUUUAAAAGAUUUACUUGAGAGUUUGAACCAGAUAAAAUCUCUCAAGUUUGUGGAAUUAAGAGGCUUUAAUUUGCCUAUUAGAAGACCAUUAAGGUGCUGCACUUGGAAAAAGCCCAAGCCUGGAUGGACAAAGCUAAAUACUGAUGGAUCUAUAGACCGGAAAAGAGCUGGUCUUGGUGGUUUGCUUCGUGAUUAUGAAGGUGCUGCUAUAUGUGCUUGUGUCUCUGAAGUUACAUGUGACGAUAUCUUCUUGGUUGAGUUACUGGCUAUAUGGAGAGGUCUUAUGCUUGCUGUCAGUAUCGGGAUCAAAAUGAUAUGGGUAGAAUCCGACUCGAUGGGUGCAGUGAAAGCUAUUAACAAAGAGCAACCACAUAAUCAGAAAGCUGCUAGCUGCCUUCAACACAUUUGGAAAAUGUUAAACAAGUUUCAGAAGUACCAAGUCACUCACUCGUGGCGUGAAACAAACCGAGCUGCUGAUUAUUUAUCAAAGAUGGAAAUAUCAGGAAGUGACAUUGUUAUGUGGCCUAGAGAGUUCCAUGGUCCCCUUUGCAAAAUUAUUGCUGAAGAUGCUCAAGGAAGCUUGUACAUUAGACGAUAAUCCAUAAAUCCAUCAAAUGUGGCUCGGUAAAAUUGUUAUAUACAUCAGCUUUUUGUUGCUAACAGAAGACUACCACCUGGAAAGUUGCAGGCUUGCUGUACAUUACAAGGUAAGUAAUUUUUGUUUCCAAAAUGUCAGUGCCAACUUGUACGCACCUCGACAAAUCCACUGGGUCAAGUACCAUUUAAAGUAGGUAAUUGCCCCAGUUGCAAAUAUAUUUACUAAUGCAUCUGGUCUUCUGAUGUGCUUCUUGUAAUUAAGUUUCUAAGCAACAAUGCCUUUCUUGCCUUACUA